UCAAAUUUACUUCAAAACUUCUUUCCUCUUCACUAAAAUCUACAUAUAUAUAUCUUGGCAUUAUGGCCAAACUACUAAUUAUUUCUUGAAGUUGUUUAAUCAUGGAUAUGGUGAUGGAGUUGAGAACAACAAACUCAGUAGUGAUUUUCACCAAGAGUAGUUGUUGCAUUUCUCACAGCAUCAAAACCCUAAUCCGUAGUUUUGGUGCAAAUCCUACGAUUUACGAGCUCGAUACACAUCCAAAUGGUAAGCAAAUGGAGAAGGCAUUGAAAAACCUAGGAUGUCAACCAAGUGUUCCAGCAGUAUUUAUAGGGAAAGAAUUAGUUGGUGGUGCUAAUGAGAUAAUGAGCCUUAAUCUGAGGGGCAAGCUUAAACAAUUACUGGGCUAAUGCCAUUUGGGUAUAGAC